UGCUCCCCCUGUCGGUCGGUGUGGUGGGAACACACGGAGUGAUGUAGCUAGCGUCAUCCUCCGCCUCCUCGUCAUCUCCGUAUCCUGUCUGUUUGCAGGAUAACUCCGCUAAUCGGAGAACACUUUCUUUUUUGCUUUAGUGGACGGUGGAUCUGCAGCCCUGUAUACCAAACAGGAGAACGAACUUGUCACCAUGAACUGCGACAUAGAUGGAGACAUGGAGAACCAGGUGGAGGUUGAGGAAAAGACGAGGUUGAUAAAUCAGGUUUUGGAACUUCAGCACACACUGGAAGACCUGUCGGCGCGAGUCGAUUCAGUCAAGGAGGAGAACCUGAAGCUGAAGUCUGAGAACCAGGUCCUUGGGCAAUACAUCGAGAACCUCAUGUCGGCCUCGAGUGUCUUCCAGACCACCGACACCAAGAGCAAGAGGAAGUGAGCUUCCCUCAGAAGAAAGCUGGAGUCCUGGGGCAGCAGCUGGGAGAGGAAACCCAUCGUGGAGAUGUGAGGGGGGGGUUUGUUUCCUCAGCAGACGUGGGUGUUUUGUAACUACUUACCCGAGUCAAAACUAACAUUUAAUUAUCAGAUAAACCCAUAAACUGACUUGUAGAUGUAGAAAUAUGUGUAACAUUAUCUGGCCCGGGGCUGUUUUUCCUCAGCUUCCUCUCCACACUACAGAAGAGGUAGGCGUCACCCCCUUUAACACAAAAACAGUAAAUUAAGAGGCGGAGGGUCUUCUUAUACCUCGAGUUUGUCGUUAAUCCUCGCUGUCUAUAAGGUUUGUGUUUCUGUUCUGAUUUCCUGUGGAUGUCCCACCUUUGAAGUGUUCCGUUUCAAACCUAAACCGAACCACAGAUACUACAGGUACUCUUUGACCUUCGACCUCGGUAUCAGCACUGGUUUAAUUUAUUUAUUUUGUAAAGUAUUUUGUACGACAGCUGGAUCUGUUCAGUCUCGGAUGUCAUCUCGUCUCUGUAAAGCACGACUGUGUUCCUCCACUUAGAAGCUGGCGGGCUGAGCAGUAUUAUGGAGUGUGUUUUUGGAUGGCACGUUUAAGUGUUUGUGUUAUUAGCAUAUCUAAUGAGAUGUCAAAUCAAUAAUCACUGAAAAGUAGACUGUCUAAAGUUACUGAAUUUUUUCUAAUCAAUAGCAGAUAGGUACUGGAUGUGCAGGUACCUUUGAAAGCUUGUCAGCAAUAUAAAUAAAAGCACAGAUACUAAACUCAUGUAAACUUAGACUGUAACAGAGUUUGUGUCGACUGACGUCAGUGAAAUCAGAUUUUUUUUUUUUAUCAAUGAGCGUUUGGGCCAAAUUGAACCAAAUGUAACAUAAAGUUAAACUUGCUCCUGCCUUCCCCUUUAACAAAAAGCAGCAAAGAGGCCUCGAGUGUUAUCGAUCCACUCGGCCUGGAAGAUGGUUUUGAUCGUAAGAUGAGCUGAUGUACCCGGAGGGGGGGGGGGUGUGCACGACGUCCUCUUUCUUCAGACAGAAGGGGAAGAUGGUGGAAGGUUGAAAUUAAAUUUAAUCAGAAUAAAUUUUAUCCACCAUUAUCCCAAACAGUAAUGUGCUGUUUGAAAAGAGAGGAAUUAGCAAUGCUAAGGGAGGCAGGUGACAAGCUGUAAUAUGCUGUAAUUUAUCGAUGUUAUUUGUACAGUUGUACAGUAGGCUUUUAAUUUCUCUUUCCUGGCAUGCCGUCUAUGCCCUGCCUGCACACGUUCUGGUAUCAUCCUGUAUGCAGACGCUCUGCACCUUUGCCUUAAAACUCUGUUUUAAUAAAAUCCUAAGAGCAA